AUGUCCCGCGGCCCUGCCUACGACUCCCCCGCCUCCAACAGCGGCGAGGCCUCCUCCUCCUCCCCCUCCCUCGAGGAGCGUGGUCGUCGCCGUGCCCGCGCCGCCACCACCCCCAUUCCUGCCAGCCCCUCCUCCUCCUCGUCUUCUGCUCUCCCCGUUGGCCCCCUCUCGCCCGCCCUCACCACCGCCCGCAGCCGCGUCCUCGCUGGCGUCCGUCUUCGUCCUUCCCCGGCCCGCCCCCCCUCCUACGGCUCUGCCUCCUCUGCCGCCGCCGCCGCUACCCCUCUGCGCGCCUCCUUCGAGGAGGCUGACCCUGUCGUCGCCCCGGCCGCCCCCGCGACCCGCCGCACCCCCAGCCCCCUCCCUCCCGCCAGCUCCCCCAUCGCCAUCCCUGGCGCCGCUGAGCGCAACCGCGUCCACCGCCGCCGCACCGUUGGCGACGCUGCCAGCGGCAGCGGCAGCGGUAGCGGCAGCGACGACGACCUCUUCGGAGGCUUCUCCGCGGAGGAGCUCUCCGCGCAGGCCACUCGCCUCCGCGAGCGCAUCGGCGUUGGCCGUGGCUGGGUUGACCCCGCCGGCCGUCUCCGCGCCCUCCCCCACGGCGCUCGUCUGCCGCCUCCCCCCACCCUUACCGAGGAGGACCUCGCUCGCGCCCGAGCCUUGUCCCCCGCCUAUCCUCGGGGCCCCUCUCCUCCUCCUCCCCCUCCCCAGACGGAGGAGGAGUACAUGAGGGGUGUCGAGGAGAGGGCUAACGAGUACCAUGCCUUCUAA